AUGUCAUCUGUGAUCGUCUUUGGCCCCACCGGCAGUGUCGCCUCUGUCGCAGCACUCACUGCCCGAGAGCAUGGAGCCAAGGUUUUCCUGGCCAUGCGAGACACCCAGAAGCAAAUACCUGGCUUGAGCACAAAGGAAGAACAGGAAGGUGGAUUUGAAAGAAUCCAAGCCGACUUGACCAACCCCGACUCCGUCGCUGCAGCCGUCAAAGCAUCGGGGGCAAAGCGUGCAUUCACAUAUGUUUCUUUCGGGUCCGCUGAUCAUAUGAGAGCCACACUCACAGCAAUGAAGUCAGCCGGCGUUGAAUUUGUUGUCUUCCUCAGCAGUUACACUAUCGCAGGAGAGCCAAAAGACGUUACACCUGCUGAUCUCAUCGCUUACAUCCAUGCCCAGGCUGAGCUUAGUCUCGAUGAGGUAUUCGGACCUCACAACUACGUUGCUUUGAGACCCGGUGGCUUUGUGACGAACUUGCUGCGCUUUAAAGAUGGGAUUGAAGCUGGUGAGGCGAAGAUCUGGGCGCCUGGUUUCCAAUUCGAUUGUAUCACACCCGACGAUAUGGGCCGUGUGGCCGGCACGAUCUUGGUACAGGGACCAAAGAAUGACCAGAGGAAGGUGUAUUUGUAUGGCCCACAACUCAUCGCGCAAGGAGACGCUGUCGUGGCCAUUGGGAAGAUCAUCGGCAAAGACGUUAAGAUUACUAUCAUCGAUGAGGAGGAGGAGGCCUUGGACCAGUAUCUUGAGCAUGGACCGUCUAAACCAUUAGCAGAAUAUAUGGUCCAAAAGUUCGCAAGCACAUCCAAUGAGCUUACAAACCGCGCAUGCUACAAAACUGGUGUGGAGAAUGUAAAGCUGUAUACGGGGAAGCCUUCCAUGAAGUUCGAAGACUGGGUGGAAGCAAACAAGGGGAUUUUUAAUGUUUAA